GGUUUUGUUUAUUAGUUGGGGAGGGGGAUCCAUAAAAAUUCAUUAUGAAACGUUGACAAAUAGAAAAUUGUACAGGCUAACUUAAGCAUCUUGGUUGAAAAUCUCUCAUGCAUUAUUAUGUGAUAUUUUAAGAACUUGCUUUGCACAUUUGCACUCCAUAGUCUUAUGAUGAAAUUGAUCACAGCUUAUCUGGAUCAAAUUAUGUUUCUAAUUGACGAAACGCCCUAUUUUCCUUUUUUCACUUCUCUCCUUGUCUGCAUCCUGGUGAUUUUUUGGAAGCAAUCCAGAGCCGGAGGCCUAAAGUCACCCCCUGGGCCAUGGAAGCUGCCUGUUAUUGGAAACUUGCAUCAAAUGAUCGGUCGGCUGCCACACCACACACUGAGAGAUUUAGCCAAGAAACAUGGACCCAUCAUGUACCUUAAACUCGGUCAAUUAGACGCCGUGAUUAUUUCAUCUGCCAAAGGUGCCCGGGAGGUCUUGAAGACACAUGAGCUUACAUUUGCGCAGAGGCCUAAGGUUUGGGCUGCAGAGGUUAUAUCUUUUGGUCAAUCAAGUUCUAUCUUUGCUCCUUAUGGAGAUUUAUGGAGAUCACUGAGAAAGAUUUGUGUUUUCGAGCUACUGAGUGCGACACGUGUGCAGUCUUUCAGAUCCGUAAGAGAAGAAGAGGUAUGGAAUCUUAUUGAGUCCAUUGGCUCAAUGUCUCAUGAGGGGCUUGCCAUCAAUUUUAGGGACAGGUGCUGCAGCUUCACAAGUGGCGUAGUGUCGAAGGCAGCAUUUGGGAAAAAAUGCAAAGACCAAAAGGAGUUCCUUUCGCUACUAGACGAAGUAAACAAACUUGCUAGUGGGUUUGAUAUUCCUGAUUUGUUUCCUUCACUCAGUUUUCUUGGUUUCAUUACUGGGUCGAUCCCUGCUCUCAAAGACAUACAAAGCAAGCUCAAUACGAUUCUCGAACGUAUCAUCAACGAUCAUAAAAUCAAAAGCAAUGACAAAGCGCUGAAGGAGGAGGAAAAUUUUGUUGACGUACUUCUAAAACUUAAAGAGUCCAACAAGGUGGAGUUCAAUUUCACAACUAAUCAUAUCAAAGAUAUGAUUAUGGACAUGUUCUCUGCAGGAAGCGAGACUUCAGCUACUACCUUAGAAUGGGCAAUGUCAGAGUUGAUGAGAAGCCCAAGAAUCAUGAGGAGGGCUCAAGCUGAAGUGAGACAGUUAGUCCUCCAAUCGGAAGGAAAGAAAAACAAAGUUAUUGAAGAAAGAGAUGUUCAAAAAAUGGACUACUUGAAAUCGGUGGUAAAAGAAACUCUGAGGUUACACUCUCCAGCUCCUUUGCUCCCAAGAGAAGCAAGGGACACGGUUCAAAUUGGCGGAUUCAAAGUACAAGUUAAAUCAAAAGUAAUUAUUAAUGCAUGGGCAAUAGGAAGAGACCCAGAGAUAUGGGGGGCAGAUGCUGAGUGUUUUAAGCCAGAGAGAUUUCAUGGUUCUUCUGUUGACUUUAAGGGUUUUGACUUUGAGUUCACUCCAUUUGGGGCCGGCAGAAGAAUGUGUCCAGGCAUGUCAUUUGGUGUUACCAUGGUUGAACUUGCUCUUGCUGAAUUGCUCUACCACUUCGAUUGGAAACUAGCGAAUGGGAUGAAUCCUGACGAACUUGACAUGACGGAGAGCUUUGGAGGGGUCUGUAAGAGAGAGAAUACGUUGUACCUAAUUGCCACCCCACAUUUUACUUCAGUCGAUGAGUCAGAGUGACUCGACAUUUUGUUGCCAUUAAUGGCCAACAAAACCAACACCAUUAACAAGCUAAAACAUGUUUUCAGUCCCAUCAGUCUCCACAAGGUUCUACUCUCUUCCUAUAUUUUCAAUUGCAACGAUUUUCAUUCCUGCAGUUUGCAGAUUGUUUGAAUCUAAUGCUUCUUUUCAUUUAGUAAUUGCAUAAUAAGGCAUGAUUAAUGCAGUGUUGAGUGGUGUCGGCUCUAGGACAUAGUAGGAUAAAACUUUGUUGUUGUUUGUCAUUCCUAAGAUGUAAACUUGUUAUUCAGAUAUGUACAGAUAUAUGUACUUGUAUAUGUUCUUUUGGUGAAUGCUACUUUGUACGUUGAUGACA